AUGUCGCAAAGCGUUCGUGCGUCGGAAAAAAGUGAUCUGGUGAUUGGUGAGCCAGAUACAUCAAAAAUGAAGGCGAACCAGGCAGAGAGCCAGAAGCAGAAACAAAAGGAGGCAGAUAAAUCGAAUAUAGAUGAUUUGAAAGAAACAAAAAUGGCAAAGCAGAAGGCAGCAGUUGCAGAAACAGCAAAACAAAGAGCAGCUGUGUCAGUUCCAUUGAUAAAGUUAAAACUUCUUGAUUGCAUUAGAAGUGGAGACACGAGAAGGUUGGACAAGUUGAUUGGGCAGAUAGUAGCAUCGAAAAAAGAGGGUUUGUUGCAAUUACAAAGAGAGCUCCUCCAUUUUUCGGUGCAGGUGGGAUCACUUGCGAUUGUGAAGCAUGUUGUGGAAAAGAACCUUGUGGAUGAUAUCAACUACCAGGAUCCGUCGGAAAAUGGCAAUACUCCGCUCCACUUGGCGGCGAUAACAUCACGGAAUGAUGUGGUGGAGUAUUUGAUGGAAUUGCCAUCGAUCAACGACUGCAUUGUGAACAAUGACUUGAAGCAGCCGAUCGAGUGCACGUCAGACAUGGAUACAGUGCAGUUAAUGAGCGAUUUGCGUACGAAGUACGUAGAGGCACAGGCGUCGGGUCUCCGGAAGGGUUUCGAGACGAGGCAAUUCGACACUUUGACGAAGAUCAUGUCUUCACCUAGGGCCAGGGAGUUGCUUGAUAUAAAUGGGACUGAUCCUGUGUCCGGAGAGACGGUACUCCUUGAAUUUGUGCGUAAGGAGGAUGUGCCCAUGGUGCGGUUCAUCCUCUCGCAUGGGGGCGAUCCAUUCAAGCGGUCAGUGAGUGGCAAAUUGCCGGUUGAUGUGGCCAGAUCGCCCGAAAUGCGCCGGGUGAUCAAGGAGGCAUGUGAUAGGCAGAGUGUGCUUGAUUACACAUCCGUUCCGAUGGUCGCGGCUCCUCCAGAGGUUGCAGGCGGUGCAGAAGACAGUGCAGGUGAAAAUAAUGCCGGAAAUGCUGGAGGCAGUGUUCGAAACAGCGUUGAAAGUGGUGCUGGAAGCCUUAGAAAGGGACCCGGGAGCAAUUCAGAGAGCAGCAGCAUGCCGGAAGCAGCACGGAAGCCGGUUCUUGCAGCACCGACGUUCAAAGGAUUUCUCAAAAAGUGGACAAACUUCGCCGGCGGCUACAAGCUCCGGUGGUUCGUUCUUGCAGCGGACGGCACGUUGUCGUACUACAAGAGUCCAACCGACAUGGAAAAUAGCUGCCGGGGCAUGAUUCACUUGGCACAUGCACACGUGAGGAUGGACAGCUCGGAAAAAUGCCGUUUCGAGAUUCUCGUGACGACUUCGCGGGCUGGUGGGUCGCCAGUUCGGUGGCAUUUGAAGGCAAACCACCAGAUUGAGAGCAGCCGGUGGGUCUGGACCCUUCAAAAUGCCAUCCGGUAUGCCCGGGACCGCCAGAAAGGACGGGGGCAGCAAGAGCUGCAGCAGCAGUCUCCACGCAGGCAGAAAGACCUGCAAUUGCCGCUCCCACACACAGGAAGCACCCCGGACCUGCACAGAAGCUCGUCGGACUCCAGGGUGGCCCGGAAAAAACACGUGGCUGCAAAAAUCCCAGUCACUGCAUCGAGUGCCGAACUUUCGAGCCCCGCAGGGCCCAAACAAAUUCACCCACACCACGAGCGGACCCAGUCGCGAGAAAGCGUCGCAUCGUCGUCGUCGCACGCGUCGGUGGCAAGCAGCGUGGCAAGAGGUGCAAGGAUGCUCUACCGGCGGCCGAUCCACAAACUUGGGAAGCUCGGUAAGCUCGGCCGACGGUCACGUGAUGUGUUGUCACGUGGUUCGCGGGGUAGUGUGGCGGAAUUUGUCGCAGACGGCGAUCUUGACGAGUCGAUCGACUCGUCUGCGUCGUCGGACUCCGCGUCUUCCUCGCCCGAGCAGGAAAACAUCGACGGUGAGGUCGACAAGCUGCUUGAAAACUUGGUGGUCAAGAAGCAGCGGCCCAAUGAUCACGAGCUCAUCAUUGUGCGAAACCAGAUUCGAAUCGAGUUAGAAUCAUUCAAGGAGUUUCUCGAUGAGGCGGUGAAGGAUCCGGGCAUGUCCCGCGAGGAAAUCCUGGCUGUGUGCCAACGUGUGCUUGCAAAUCUUUCGCAGCUGUCGAAAAACCAAGAUGAUCUGCUGGACACGCGGAAAAUCACCUUGGAGAGAUUGUUCAACCGCCAGCACGAGAUUUCCGCCAUUUGGGAGAACUCGGUCCGCCAGUUGGAGCUUGAGAUUCAGGACCGCGAGAAGAAGAUUUGCGAUCUUGAGGAUACCAUCCGGAAAGUCCGGAGGUCCUUGAGGGCAAGUGUGAUAAUCUCGCCGGAGGAUUCUAUUCCUGACUCCGCCGAGCAUAAAGCCCCGGAGAUGCCUAAAGUGACCCGGAAGAUGUCGAUAUCGUCCAUUCAGGCUCCGAACAGCGAGCUCACGAAGUUCUUGGAGGAGAAGGAUUCGUCUGAGGAUGAGUUCUUUGAUGCCGAGGAGGAGGAGGAGCAAGAAAAGGAGGAGCAAGAAGAAAAGGAGCAAGAAGAAAAGGAGCAAGAAGAAAAGAAGCAAGAAGAUGAAAACUUAGAGGAAGAAGACAAUGACGCGAAAUCACAACACACUCUAAAACAGCAACCACCUCCGAUCUGCCGGAGGCCGUGA